UAGGUUCUGCUUCCACAGCGUCAACUACGCCCAGAAACAUACAACUUCUGAAAAUAAUUUUCCAAUUUUGUAACAGAUUUUACUGGCCACGUUUAAGUGCACGGCUAUGUUGCGUAUGAUUUCGAAAUGCUCAAAAUUCCAUCGCGGAUCCAGUCUCGCUUACCAGCUGGUGGGCCGGGAGCUGUGCCGCACCUAUGCCAAGGAUGUGAAGUUCGGCCCAGAGGUGCGGGCCAUGAUGCUGCAGGGCGUGGACGUGUUGGCUGAUGCUGUGGCCGUGACCAUGGGACCCAAGGGACGCAACGUGAUCAUCGAGCAGAGCUGGGGCUCCCCGAAGAUAACCAAGGAUGGCGUCACGGUUGCCAAAUCCAUAGCGCUCAAGGAUAAGUUCAUGAACAUUGGCGCCAAGCUCGUCCAGGAUGUGGCCAACAAUACGAACGAGGAGGCCGGCGAUGGCACCACCACGGCCACCGUGCUGGCCCGCGCCAUUGCCAAGGAGGGCUUCGACAAGAUCUCACGCGGCGCCAAUCCCGUCGAGAUCCGGCGUGGCGUCAUGCUGGCCAUCGAGUCGGUCAAGGAGAACCUAAGAAAGAUGUCGCGCCCGGUGAACACGCCCGAGGAGAUCGCCCAGGUGGCCACCAUCUCGGCCAAUGGCGACAAGUCCGUGGGCAAUCUGAUCAGCGAGGCCAUCAAGAAGGUGGGACGCGAGGGCGUCAUCACCGUCAAGGAUGGCAAGACCAUGAACGACGAGCUGGAGGUCAUUGAGGGCCUGAAGUUCGACCGUGGCUACAUCUCGCCGUACUUCAUCAACAGCUCCAAGGGCGCCAAGGUGGAGUUCCAGGAUGCCCUGCUGCUCUUCUGCGAGAAGAAGAUCAAGUCGGCCACGAGCAUUGUGCCCGCCCUGGAGCUGGCGAAUGCCCAGCGCAAGCCCUUGGUCAUCAUUGCCGAGGAUGUGGAGGGCGAGGCCCUGAGCACGAUGGUGGUGAAUCGCUUAAAGGUCGGACUGCAGGUCUGCGCUGUGAAGGCGCCCGGCUUUGGCGACAAUCGCAAGGAGACGCUGGCGGACAUGGCCAUUGCCACGGGCGGGCUGGUGUUCGGGGAUGAGGCGAACAUGGUGCGGCUGGAGGACAUCAAGGUCAGCGACUUUGGACGUGUGGGCGAGAUCGUGGUCACCAAGGAGGACACCAUGCUGCUGAAGGGCCACGGCCAGCGGCAGAUGAUCGACAAGCGGGUGGAGAAUCUGCGCGAGGCCAUCAAGGAGACCACCUCGAGCUAUGAGAAGGAGAAGAUGCAGGAGCGCCUGGCCAAGCUCUCCUCGGGCGUGGCCCUGCUGCGCGUCGGCGGCUCCAGCGACGUGGAGGUGGGCGAGAAGAAGGAUCGCGUGAAUGAUGCACUCAAUGCCACGCGCGCCGCCAUCGAGGAGGGCAUCGUGCCCGGCGGAGGCACCGCCCUAUUGCGCUGCAUCGCCAAGCUGAUGGAUCUGAAAGGCGCCAACGAGGAUCAGAAUAUGGGCAUCGAGAUCAUCCGUCGUGCCCUGCGCAUGCCCUGCCUGACCAUAGCCAAGAAUGCCGGCGUCGAUGGCGCCAUGGUCGUGGCCAAGGUGGAGAUUCUCGACGGGGACUAUGGCUACGAUGCGCUCAAGGGCGAAUAUGGCAACAUGAUCGAGCGCGGCAUCAUCGAUCCCACCAAGGUGGUGCGCACGGCGAUCAUCGAYGCGGCCGGCGUUGCCUCGCUGCUGACCACGGCCGAGGCCGUUGUCACGGAGCUGCCCCUGGAGGAGGCCAAUCCCAUGGGCGGCAUGGGCGGCAUGGGUGGCAUGGGCGGCAUGGGAGGCAUGGGCGGCGGCAUGGGCGGUCUGGGCAUGUAGACUGCGCGUGAGAGGAAGAGUUACACAUAUAGAGGGAGAGAGAGA